CCCUAUGAUUGGGAUGAAGAAGAGGAUGGAAUAUGGAAACCACCAAAAGUACCUAAUCCAGCAUAUAAGGGACCGUGGAAGCGUAAGAAAAUCAAGAAUCCUAACUAUAAAGGAAAGUGGAAGAUACCUUGGAUCGAUAAUCCAGAAUUUGAAGAUGAUCCUGAUCUUUAUGUUCUGAAGCCAAUUAAGUAUGUAGGCAUUGAAAUUUGGCAGGUAAAAGCAGGUUCUGUUUAUGACAACAUACUGAUUUGUGAUGAUCCUGACUAUGCCAAGCAAAUAGUGAAUGAAGUUUUCGCUAAUAGGGAGGCUGAAAAAGAGGCAUUUGAGGAAGCAGAGAAAGUGAGAAAAGCAAAAGAGGAAGAGGAAUCCCAAAGAGCAAGAGAGGAAGGUGAAAGGAGGAGAAGAGAAAGGGAUAAUGAUCGACGGCAUCGACACAGAGACCACUACAGAGACAGAUACAGGAAGCAUCGCCGUGAUUACUUGGACGAUGAUUAUCAUGAUGAACUUUGAGUGUGCAUCGACAUUUCUGCAAAAGUAUUUCCCACGUUGAAAUUGUUCAAAUUGGACUGUAUUUUUGUACUCAAGAAUGCUGAUGGUCUGUUUUAAUGCUUUGCAUAUUUUGCUCAUAGGAAGCCAAAUUUAUGUUCAGUUAGGAUCUGAUUUACGUACUCUAAAGCUACUAAAUGCAGUGCUUUUCUAGCUUAUAUUUUUGGUAUUGGAGAUGAUCUUUUCUUGAUGA